CGACCUCGUGGUUUCAAAUGAGCGGGUUUCAAAUGGUAGGUAGUUUACGUGUUGGUGGUUGGUAGAUCGUGAGUGCGGUGGGUGGUAGAUCGUGGGUGCAUUGGGUGGUAGGUGGUAGAUCAUGGGUGCGUUGGGUGGUAGAUCGUAAGUGCGGUGGGUGGUAGAUGGUAGAUCGUGGGUGCAUUUGGUGAUAGAUCGUGGGUGCGUUGGGUGGUGGGUUUUGCUGGGUUGGUAGGUUCAAGGGUGGCUGAUUUCGCUGAGUUGGUGGUGGUGGUGGGUUCAAGGCUUUCGUGGUUUAAUUUUGUGGGUUUUCAAGGGUGGUAUGGUGGGUUGCGGCAACUAGGAUUUGCUCGGUUCAUGGGUGGUGCUGGGUUUGUGGGGGUUAGGUCCUAGGUGGUGUUGGUGGUGGUGGUUUCGGUGAUGUUUGGUGGUGUCGGUGGUGGUUGGUUAUUUAAUUUAAUUAAGGUUGAAUUUGUUUUUUUUUUUAGAUGGAUUGAUAGUUAAGCAAAUACCUUUGUUUUUCAAAAAUCAUACUUUCAAUCUUUUGACUUAGGAACCGCAAAUAUGUCGUUUGUUACGGAGGUAGUAUAUAAGAAUCGAUUAUAGUGAGUCAUGUAAAGCAUGGGCUCCAAAAAAGUACUUGUAGUAGAAUAGGGUUUACAGUUUUACACUAACAGAGCCAAUCAAGUUAGUUCUCUCUCUCUCUCUUUCUCUUUCUCUUUCUCUUGGUGAUGUCGUGCAUUUUCAAUUGAAACCAGGAUCUUUGGAGGAGAGAGAAUUUCACAGAGAACUCGACUCAAUUUUCUCAACUUUGCACCACUCUCUACUCCCACACUUUCUCUCUCAUCAUGCUUCUUCUUCCAUUCCCUGUUCUAGUAUAAACUCCUAAUUAUCGCACUAAAAUUCCCUAAUUACCUCAUCAAAAUACCUAAUUUACAAGCCCAAUUUGCCGCCAUUUUUAUCCAACUGCUUAAUUUUACUCUCAGAUUACUGGAAUUUUGGUAAUUGCAGCCACUUCGUUUGGUUUGUUAAAACCUAGAAUUUUUGGGAACGUAUUUGUAUGAUGAGAUUACUAGAUGUCUGAUGAUGGGAAUAAUCAACGUGGAAUUGUAGAAUCUACUCGGCGGUUUUAUUCACUCUUUAGUCAAUGGAUUUCCAGUUUAACGUUCAGGCAGCUUGCUGAUCUGGUCAAGUCUUCUUCUUCUAGCACCUCUUAUUAUAAUUUAUCUGAGGAACAAGGAAAUCAGAGUCAAAUAUUUUUGGAUAGAAUGGAGACUAUUGAUAUUACAUCAUCAGGAAGCGACAUUGACUUGUCCUCUGAUGAAGAUGACACUGUGGAAGUACCUCAACCUGAAUUCUCGUAUUCUAGUAGUAAAAGAGUUCUACCAAGUUGGACUAGGGAAAAGGGUCCUCCAAAGGCAUCUUCUAGCAGAGGAACAUAUUCGCGUGCUGGCAAUCAUCAGGGUGAAUCCGCUCCUAGCACUAGCUAUGGCACAAGCAGUCGAGCCCUGAAUUCCCGAAUGGGUGUAGGAAAUGGAAUUAGUUCUCAGCCAAGGAAGAACGAUGAAAAGUCAAAUAGGAAUAUAUCCUUGUAUGCCCGUGAUGCAGAUCAUGAGCAACACCUAAAUAAGAGGGUCCUCCCUCCUUACCCCCCAUUUUCUGGGUCACAGACUAAUCAAAGCAGUUCUUGGGAUAAUUUAGCCAGCAAUCGUGGGUAUCUUAGUAGGGGAAGUGCCGAUGAUGGUUUUAUGUAUGAUAAUAACCAUCCUCGCAUUCUUCCUCAUACUUUGGCGCGUGGAAGGCCUGGUUCAUCAUCGGAUCAUACUAGUUCAAGUGACCCUUACCUAAAUGUGGGGUUUGGGGAAGAUAGGGUUUUAGGAGACGAAAGAAUAAUCUAUCAAGCUGCACUACAGGAAAUUAGCCAGCCAACUGCUGAAGUUGAUAUUCCUCCUGGGCUCUUAACUGUCCCCCUUUUGAGACACCAGAAAAUUGCUCUGGCUUGGAUGGUUGAGAAGGAGUCAAGAACUAUGCAUUGUUUGGGUGGAAUUCUUGCUGAUGACCAGGGACUGGGUAAGACAAUAUCAACUAUCGCCCUGAUACUUAAACAGUGGCCAUCACAGGCAAAGUAUCAAUCAGAUAAACAUAACAAUAUCAAUACUGAAGCUUUAAACUUGGAUGACGACGACGAUGACAAUGUAGGAAGUAAAACAGUGGAUCCUAAUGUUGGUAAGAGCAAAUUAGUGGAGGAUUCUAACAAUAAACCUGAAACACUUGAUUUGGAUGGUGUGGAUGAUGAUGAUAAUGGAAGUGCCACUACUGAAACUGUCAAUAAAAUGGAGAAUUUUGAUGGUACAAAAUCUAAAUCCGGUUCAAGUUCUUCACAUCCGCCAAUUCAGAAGAAUAGACCACCUGCAGGUACAUUGAUCGUGUGUCCAGCAACUGUUCUGAGGCAGUGGAAUAGAGAGUUGCUAGAAAAAGUUGCUAAUAAAGUAAAAUUAUCUAUUUUGGUGUAUCAUGGUGGUACCAGGACUAAGGAUCCUGCUAAGCUGGCCAAGCAUGAUGUGGUGCUUACCACUUAUUCUAUAGUUAGUAAUGAGGUUCCUAAGCAAUCUAUAGUCGAUGAGGAUGAUGGUGAGCAAAAACCUGGGGAUAGGCACUGGCUAUCAUCUGACUUUACUGGUACUAAGAAGCGGAAACAUUCAUCCACCACCAGUAAAAAAGGGAAGAAAGGCAGUAAAGUAGCUGAUGGCUCUUUAUGUAGUCAGGCUGGUGCACUUGCCAGAGUGAAUUGGUUUAGAGUGGUACUAGAUGAAGCACAAACCAUUAAAAACCAUAGGACACUAACAGCUAGAGCCUGCUGCGGAUUGAGAGCUAAAAGAAGGUGGUGUUUAUCUGGAACCCCCAUACAAAAUUCAAUUGAUGAAAUGUAUAGCUACUUCAGAUUUCUUCGACAUCACUUUUAUUCUAGUUACAAAAAUUUUUAUGGAGGAAUAAAAAAUCCGAUUUCUAGAGAUCCAAAUAUUGGAUACAAGAAGCUUCAAGCAGUUUUGAGGACUUUAUUGCUGCGGCGCACAAAAGAGACAUUACUAGAUGGAGAACCUAUUAUUAGCCUACCUCCAAAGUUCAUAAAGAUGAAGGCUGUGACCUUCACUGCUGAGGAGCGGUCCUUUUAUGCUCAAUUGGAAGCUGAAUCACGCUCACAGUUUAAGGCUUACGCAGCUGCUGGCACAGUUAAUCAGAACUACGCCAACAUUCUGCUGAUGAUAUUGCGCCUCCGCCAGGCUUGUGAUCACCCUCUUCUCGUGAAGGGAUUUAAUUCUGACUCUGGUAAAAGAACAAAUCUGGAGAAAGCUAAGAAACUCCCUACGCAUAUUUUGAUGGGAUUGUUGGAUCAUUUGGAAGCAGCCUCUGCUAUUUGUCUCAUUUGCACUGAUCCAGCUGAGGAUGCUAUUGUGACCAUUUGUGGGCAUGUUUUCUGCUACCAAUGUGUGGCAGACUAUCUAAACGGUGAUGACAAUCUGUGUCCUGCUCGUAGAUGCAAGCAACAACUAAGUGAUGAUGUUCUCUUCUCAGAGGCUACUCUAAUAAGUUGUGUUUCUGGUGAUGUUGAUGGCAAUAUUUCAACUGACAAUGGUAGUUCCAAGGCUUCAUCAAUACUUAGUAAUGAGUAUAGCUCCUCUAAAAUUAAGGCAGCACUAGAGAUACUCUUCUCUCAUUGUGAAUUUAACAGUAAAUGUAUAAAGGUUGAUGAGCCGGGGGAGACAAGUAAAGAGAAUUCUAUGUCUGCACAAGUGAGAACUGAGAAAAUGAAGGGGUCAUCCACACAAGGACCAAUAAAAACCAUUGUUUUCUCUCAGUGGACUCGUAUGCUUGAUUUGUUCGAGUAUUCUUUAAAUCUGUAUUGCCUCCAAUAUAGGAGGCUUGAUGGUAGUAUGUCUUUGGCUGCAAGAGACCGGGCUGUCAGAGAGUUCAAUACUGAUCCUGAGGUCACUGUCAUGCUGAUGUCUCUUAAAGCUGGUAACCUUGGGUUGAACAUGGUUGCAGCUUGCCAUGUUAUCCUUUUGGAUCUUUGGUGGAACCCAAGCACAGAAGACCAAGCAAUUGAUCGAGCACAUCGUAUUGGGCAAACUCGGCCUGUUACAGUGUCAAGGAUUACAAUCAAAGACACUGUCGAAGAUCGUAUUUUGGCUCUCCAGGAAGAGAAGAGGAAGAUUGUGGCAUCUGCAUUUGGUGAAGACCAUGUCUCUGGUUCUGGAGCUCGUCUCACCAUUGAUGAUCUCAAAUACAUUUUUCUCGGGAAUCAACCCAUAUAAA